UAUCAACCUCAAAGUCCAUCAACAAAAAUUUUGUUAUAUAUUUGACUAAAAGGUUAAGGAUGAAUAUCUACUCUCCUAACAAAAGCUUUAAUUGAACCUCACCUGAAAUUUCAUGCUUCUCUCUCUUUUUAUGCCCAACUUUUUUCCCUUCACCCAUUCAUCUUUUAACUAUAAUUCCACUCUCUUUCUCACACCCAACAUCUCAAUGGCUUCUUUCUCCCUCAUUGCCUUUUUCCUUUCCGGUUUAAUCUUCUUCCUCACCAGAAAACCCAUUAAAAACCGCCCCAAACUCCCUCCUGGACCGCCCGGUUGGCCCCUCGUCGGCAACCUCUUCCAAGUCGCCCGGUCCAGAAAACCCUUCUUCGAAUACAUCGAAGAUCAACGCCGAAUUUAUGGCCCAAUUUUUACCUUAAAAAUGGGCACUAGAACAAUGGUUGUGUUGAGCGAUUCGAAUCUCAUUCACGAAGCUCUAAUUAAAAAGGGGGCAGUUUUUGCUAACCGGCCCAGAGAAAAUCCUACCCGGAUUAUAUUCAGUAGCAACAAAUUUUCCGUCAAUGCAGCGGUUUACGGCCCUAUAUGGCGGUCCCUCCGCCGCAACAUGGUGGAAAAUAUGCUCAGCUCCAGCAAGGUAAAGGAGUUCCGUGGCGUGAGAGAAAAAGCAAUGGAAAAAUUCGUUAAGCGGUUAAGAGAUGAAGCAGAGGCUAAUAACGGCGUCGUUUCGGUCCUUAAAAGCGCGCGUUUUGCGGUGUUUUGGAUUCUGUUGACAAUGUGUUUCGGAUUCGAGAUGGAAGAAGAAACGGUUGUGAAAAUGGACGAGAUUCUCAAAUCCGUUUUGCUCACUCUCGAUCCGAGAAUCGACGAUUAUUUCCCCAUUUUAACUCCUUUUUUCUCUAGAGAAAGAAAUCAAGCGAAUCUAGUUCGGAAAGAACAAGUCGAAUUCGUCGUUGAGUUGAUUAAUCGGCGGCGGCGGGCGCUGGAGAAUACGGCGUCCGACGGCGCAGCGACGUCGUUUUCGUACCUCGACACCCUUUUCGAUUUGAAAAUCGACGGCCGUGGAGGCGGAGUAAAGUCGUCGGCGACGGAAGAGGAAUUGGUGACACUUUGUUCGGAGUUUUUGAACGGAGGGACGGACACGACGGCAACGGUGAUAGAGUGGGGGAUGGCGGAACUGAUAGGAAAUCCGGAAGUUCAGAGGAAGGUUGUGGAAGAAAUAAAAGAGACAGUUGGUGAGAGAAAAGUAGAGGAAAAAGAUGUAGAGAAAAUGGAAUAUUUACAAGCGGUUGUGAAAGAAGUGCUGCGGAAACAUCCUCCGACGUUCUUUGCUUUGACGCACUCCGUGACGGAGCCGGCGAAAUUGGCAGGAUACGACAUCCCAAAAGACACGAACGUGGAAUUCUUCUUACCGGCGAUCGGAAGGGAUCCGAAGCUGUGGAAGAAUCCAGAGAAAUUCAAACCGGAAAGAUUUCACUCCGGUGAGGAAGAAGCCGACAUUACCGGCGUCACUGGCGUCAGAAUGAUGCCGUUCGGCGUAGGGCGGCGGAUCUGCCCGGGCUUAGGAAUGGCCACCGUCCACAUUCAUUUAAUGCUUGCCAGAAUGCUGCAGGAAUUUGAAUGGACCGCCUAUCCGCCGUCGAGCGCCGUCGACUUUUCAUGGAAGAUGGAGUUCACCGUCGUUAUGAAGAAUCCUCUUAGGGCUGUUGUCAAAUCAAGGGUUUAAGC